UUGCGUGGGAUUCAAAAUUUGUCUACCCUAAAGGUGUAGUAUUAGAUGUUAUAACAAGUCAAAGUUAUGAAACAUGCCUUAAGGUUCUUGACAUGCAGUAUAAUAUCGAUCCUGUAUAUCCUCAGAAUGUUGUAGAAGAAACUAAAAAACUAACAAAAGGCACCAUCACUUCUCGGAUGGGUAUUGAGCAGGUUAUCACGAUAGACCCCAAGGGUUCCAAAGACCUGGAUGAUGCCCUAAAUAUCGAAUGUAUUUCUGAUAAUGAGUUCGUCGUUGGCAUUCAUAUCGCAGACGUUGCUAGUUGGGUAAAAAAGGGUUAUUAUAUCGAUCUAGAAGCGAGAAGACGAGCUGUUAGUUUCUAUCCAACGAAAUGGAGGACAAUUCAUAUGAUUCCCGAACCACUGAGUCAAAAUCAAUGUAGCCUCAUUGAAGGUGAGAACAGACAAGCCAUAUCAGUUUAUUUUCGCUUAAAUGCUGAAGGUGAAGAACUUGAUGAUCCCAGGAUUCAGAAAUCUGUUGUUAAUUCCGUAAAACAGUUAACUUAUCAAGAAGCCCAAGAAAUUAUAGAAGGAAAGUGGCAGGGAAAAGGUGAGAAAACAGAAUUCGUGAAAAAUCAAGUUAUUAAUUUGUAUAAAUUAUCAAAGUCAGUAAGAAAAGUGCGACUAUGUGAUAAGAUGCUACACGUGCCAGGUGAAGACUGUGUUGAAGCUCACUAUUUAGUAGAGGAAUUCAUGAUCAUGGCCAAUUUCUUUGUUGCUAAACUGUUAAACAGUAAAUUCCCCAGUGGUAUACCAGUGCGUUAUCAGGAAAACCCCGACAAUGUAUCAUUAAUUGAAUGGUUCAACCAGUAUCAAACCAUUGGAAAUGUGAUUUUAAAUCUCCAAGGCAAUUCAUGUGAAAGUGUUGCUGGACAGCACACUUUGUCACUGGGGACAGCUCGAGGACUCGACGGGAACUACGUUACUAUUCAAAAAAAUGUGUGGAAACAAAUCAUAGAUGCUAUUCAAAACAAAGACUUUGAGAAGGCAAGGAGGUUUUUAUGCAUGGAUGAACUGCAUCCAGGACAUUUCGUUGCUCGGAAGAAGUGGGAGAAUAUAAUGGAAACAGCACAAUACACUUGUAGUGCCGAAGAAGGUAUAAACUUGAAUCAUUUCUUAUUACAGAAGAAGCCAUAUACCCAUUUUACUUCUCCCAUCCGCCGUUAUGUGGACUUAGUUGUCCAGAGAUUUAUUCAUGCCUAUCUUGACGGAACCAGUGCGCCAUACACAAACCAAGAGAUACAAGAACUUUGCAUCCAUCUGAAUGAACGUACAAAAAUGCAAAAACAGCACCAAAAGGAAACAUCAAAGAUAGAUUUAGCAAUGGAUCUAGGACGGCAUCCUGUUCCUUUUAAUGGAUACAUCAGCCAUACGGAUGACGAUGGUUUACAACUUCAGAUACCUAAAUGGAAAUUUUUAUCAAAUCAAGAAGUCCCAUUUCAUUUAUUAGAUGUUUGUGAAAAGCCCGAAGUUAAGCAAGAUAAGUAUAUAAAUGGGGACAUUACAACAACUACAUGGAAAAAGAGAAGUUACCACACACUUGGAACUCAAGUCAGUGUUCGCCCUAAACUGAAGCCUUACGAAAAGCUAGAGUUAGAUCCCAACCAGAAUUGCGUGUAUUUGAAGAUUUCAACCUGGGCAAAGCUCAUCUCUGAUGUUGUUGGGUCGUUGAAUGUCGAAAUAGGGCAACAGAAUCGUAAAAGGCACCGAAAAGAUGCCAUGGAAAUAGUUGAUUCAAUGGGAUUAGAUGGACAAAGACCACCAGUUCGAUUUGGAACUGCCGAUAUUGUGAGCUGUGAAGGAGGAAACAACACUACCUUACUUAAUUUAUGCAGAUUCAGUUACAAUUUUGCACCUGGAAGAUUGAUUUCAGCAGAGAUGUCUUCUGUGAUCGAGAAAGGUAUACCAACACCAAAAUUAUCACUACUUCAUUUAACAAAGAACUUGAGCUUCUGUCUGACACAUAAAGAAAAUCCUGUAGCAUGUUUAGCCAGAUUUGCCCAUCAGUCAACAUCAGAAGCAACAUGGCAAAGCGUGCAAGAUUAUAUUGAAGCUUGGCAUGCAGUUUUAGAAAUGGAAGCUGCUGUGACCAGUGCAAGUAGUGGAGACGAGACGAUAUUUCUCGAAGAUGUCACAAUAGACUUUUUAGGUUUACGAAAAGGACGUUUCAUGUUAGGGCUACAAUUUUGCAUAGAUAGGAAUAUAUUUGGUUUAGAUUUUGCAGUACCAAGAAAAGGUACUAUGACGCCUAUAUCUGAUUUUAUGUGCAUUCGCUUUGCUCCUGAAAGAGAAGGUGAUAGAAGGUUUACAUGGGUUGCUCAUGGGGUAAUGGAAUCUAUAUCACGUGAUGAUGAUAUGCUUUGUGUGCAUUUUAAUUUACACAGAAAGGCAUCCACAUUAAUACCAAGGUGUAUGAUGGACGGAGAUACCAAACGGAGUUUUACUAUUGAACUUUUACCAAGAUCUAAAACUGACAGGCGAUUAAAGAAUGCCCUGCAACCUGAAAAGAUGAACGAUGCGCCUUUAGCUAAAGCCAUUGCUUUAAAUCGUCCUAUACCAAGAUUAGAUGGCGAUCAUUAUCACCUAGGCAUUAUGGCGGAGCGUGAUAUUUCAAAAGAUCUACAAAAGAGAAACAAUUUACCAGGAAAUAAUGUAGGUCAACACGAGGCCAUUGACAAAGCUUUGACGUCAUCGUUUACUUUGAUACAAGGUCCCCCAGGAACCGGUAAAACCUACACUGGAAUUAAACUGGCAUACCUGUUUGCCAAAAUAAAUAACAUCAGAGAAAUAGAAAAAACUGGAGAAAAAUCAAAGGCUGAUGAAGAUGAGAAAAAGAGCCAGAAACAUCAAGUUCUUUAUUGUGGGCCAUCAAAUAAAGCAGUUGAUGUGGUUGCUAGAAAUUUAAAGAAUAAACUUGGUGAAAUUUGCCCGAAAAUAAUUAGAAUAUAUGGAUCAGUGAUAAAGAAUGAAGAUUUCCCUAUACCGGGACAAUACAUAUCCAAAUCAGCAGUAAAUCGGGAGGGUCGGUGUCCUAAAGAUAUGUACGACAUUUCACUUCACCAUGUCAUAAGGCAAUCUGGUAAGCCAUAUGCAAAAGAAAUCCGAAAAUUCGACGAGGUAUUUAGAAAGGAGAGAGAAAGGCCAGAUUCUCAAGGUAUCUCUGCUAAAAUUAUCCGAAGUUACAACAAACUUGUAAAUGAAGCCGAGAGACAUGAACUUCCAAAUUAUGACGUCAUUCUGUGCACAGCUGCUAUUGCCGGAAGUCAAAAGUAUACCUCGGCAACAAAUAUCUUUCAGUGUAUUAUUGAUGAGUGUGGUAUGUGUACAGAACCAGAGAGUAUGCUUCCUAUUAUAGAAACAAAAGCCAAACAAGUUGUUCUUAUAGGAGAUCACAAACAACUUCGUCCUAUUGUAUUAUGUUCUGAAGCAGCUAAACUGGGUUUGGAGACAUCUCUGUUUGAAAGGUAUGCGGAAAGGGCUGUUUUUCUUAACAGACAGUAUCGAAUGCAUCCAAGUAUAUGUAAAUUUCCAUCAACACAGUUUUAUGGUGGCAAACUGGUGACGGGCGACUCACUAUCAUGGAAAAUUGACCGUCCAUUGCGAUUUUUGCCAGAAAAUACCUUUAUGAUGUUUUACCAUGUUGAAGGUGUUGAAGAAUCUCUAACUGUUCAUACUGACGAAGGUCAUGAAAAGUCCAAGUCGAAUACAGCAGAAGCUAAUAAAGUGAUUGAUUUAUUUUUACACAUGGUAAGAAAGGAAGGUUGCCAUCCUAAAUCUAUCAACAUUAUGACCCAAUACAAAUCACAAAUGUCACUUCUUCAGAAACGUCUAAAAGAACUAGACUUUGACGUAACGGUGAACACAGUUGUGGCCAGUCAAGGUAAAUAGAUAAUUGAUAAUGGAUAAUCCACGUCGAACCUGUUCGUUCGUCCUUCCGUUCAUUGUUUGUGUAAGGAUAAUUCAUUUCAGUACAUAUUUACGUGGAUUAAGCCGUGAAAAAUCUGAUGUAAAUGGCGCAUCUGGACUUUAAUGAUAACCAACCAAACUCUAACCUUGAGUCACAAUUUUCAUAAUGACUCACACGAUUAACACCACAACUUGAUUGACGGGGCGCCCUAAACGGCUUGAUCUGUGGGGUGCGUUAUCCCGGAGGGGCGCCUAUAAUGACAUGAUUGGGGGGCGCCUUAUAACGACCAUAUGAUUGUCGGGCCGCACAUAAUGCUUAAUGCCGAUUAAGAUUGGUUGGGCGCCCACGACUUGAUCAAUGGGCGCGCAAAACGGCAUGACU